CAUGAGCAAGCUCUAUUAGUCUUAUUUUCACUAUUUGGCAACAAUUGAAAUCGAAACCCUAAAGUUUGUGAAGAUGGAGAAAUAUGCGGCUGCAAGAAAUGAAAAGGUUAGAAAUUUUAUACCCGAUGAUCUUGCCUUCUCUAUUCUAUCAAAUUUAUCUCUAAAACCUUUGAAACGCUUUGAGUGUGUAUGCAAAUCAUGGAACCUUUUGUUCGAAAACCCUUAUUUCAUAAGUUUGUAUCAGAAAAAAUUCUUAUCCAAUAAUCAAUUGUACUAUGAUGAUAAGUCUCUCCUCAUACAUCAGACUAUGUAUGACGAUGAUGGUAAAUUUAUAUUGCGUUCUCUUUCUGGUGAGAGAUUUGAGAAAAUGGAUAAACUAAAUUGGCCAAAUCCAUUUAAAGAGGACGACCCUGGAUUUGAAAUUUGUGGAUCUAGUAGUAUUAAUGGGAUUUUUUGCUUAAUUUGUUACUCCCAACCCAAUAUAAGAGUUGUAUUGUGGAAUCCUGCUACAGGAGAAUUCAAAGUUGUUCCUAACAGCCCUAUUGAGAUUGUACCAUAUAUGAAUAUUGAUAUUAUUGGGCAUGGUUUUGGUUAUGAUUGUGUUGGAGAUGAUUAUAAGGUGAUUCGAAGGGUAUUGUGCUCUCCAAAAAUAGACGAUUAUAUAAUGUCAUCAAAAGAUAUAUCUUACGAUCCAUUUUGGGAGACAUAUAACCUAAAAAGUAACACAUGGAAGAAACUUGAAUUUAAUUACCCUGUAAAUUAUGAAAAAGAUGGAGUUUUCUUAGCUGGAGUGUUUCACUGGUGGGGGGAGAACAUAUUUUUUAAUAUCAAUGAUGAUGAAGAAGAAGAAGAAGCAGCAUAUCUUUUGUCAUUUAACCUAAACACUGAGGUGUUCACUAUGACAGGUUUGCCUUUAGAAGAUAAUACUUCUGAUUUUGAGUAUAUGUGCAGAGACUUGAUGGUGUUAAAUGGAUCCAUUGCUUUGUUAUCAAAUUAUUCUAAUGUGGAAACUUACCCAAGUAAUGAUAAUUUCUAUAUAUAUAUUUUGGGUGAACUUGGUGUGAAAGACUCGUGGUUUAAACUCUUUACUAUUCAACCUUUACCUUGUAUUGAUUUUCCUAUUGGAGCUGGAAAGAAAGGAGAUAUACUAUUUAUAAAAGAAGAUGGAAAACUAGCCUAUUUUGAUUUAACUACAGAGAUGAUCGAGGAACUCGGUUUUGUAGGAGAUACAUUUAGGGGCAAGACUAUAAUUUAUAAAGAAGAUCUUCUUCCAAUUGGAGAAAUAAAUAAGUAGCUCUUUUCUUAUUUCCAUCCAA